UGUAAACUGCACAGUGAGGAAAUGGAACGUUGGACGAAUCGCGUGGCUGUUGUCACUGGAGCUAGCUCUGGAAUUGGAGCUGCCUGCUGCAAGGAUUUGGUGGCCAAGGGCAUGGUCGUGGUGGGUUUGGCGCGCCGUGAGCAGCGCCUGGAGGAGCUGAAGGCUGCGCUGCCAGCGGAUCAGGCCAAGCGCUUUCACUUCCACAAGUGCGAUGUGAGCGUGGAGCAAGAGGUGCUGGAUACCUUUGCCUGGGUGGACAAAACACUUGGCGGCGCCGAUGUGCUGAUCAACAAUGCGGGCAUUGCUCGUCAGGCAGAUGUUACUGAUGCUGGGAAUAGCGCUGAUAUGCGUGCCAUAGUGGAGACAAAUCUGUUGGGCGUGGCUUGGUGCACACGCGAGGCAUUCCAAUCGAUGGAGCGCCGCAAGGUCAUGGAUGGCCAUGUGGUGAUUGUCAAUAGCAUUGCUGGACAUAAGGUGCCCAAUGUGCCGGGCUUUAAGCUGAAUAUGUAUCCUGCUACUAAAUUUGGCAUUACCGCUCUAACCGAAACUUUGCGUCAAGAGUUUAAUAACAAGGGCACCAAAACAAAGAUAACGAGCAUUAGCCCCGGAGCUGUGGACACUGAAAUUAUCUCUGGUGAUACCAAAAGCUUGUUUCCCAACAUGCCUCUAUUGCGUUCCGAGGAUGUUGCCGAUGCCAUCAGCUACUGCAUUCAAACCCCACCCAAUGUGCAAAUACACGAGCUGACCAUCAAGCCAGUGGGCGAGCCUUUCUAAGUUAAAUAUUUUAUAUUCUAUUUGAUGUUACUACGACCUGGAAGUGUUCACUAUGAAUACUAA